UUACUGCGGUGGAUUCCGUGAGCAAGGCCCUGCAGUAUCUGGGCUUGGUUGAAGAUAGUAAUAAUGCGACGCCGCGGAAUCAAAAGGAGCUUGAUGUGAAUUUAAUAAUUACUGAUUAUUGCAUGCCAGAAAUGACAGGCUAUGAUUUCCUUAAAAAGAUCAAGGAAUCUUCCUUGCUGAAGGACAUCCCAGUAAUCAUCAUGUCUUCUGAGAAUGUGCCUUCCAGAAUUAGCAGGUGCCUGGAAGAAGGAGCAGAUGAGUUUCUCCUGAAGCCAGUACAGUUAUCAGAUAUGAAAAAACUGAGACCUCAUAUACUCAAGAACAAAUCCAUGGACAGCUGUGACAGUUUAAGCACCUCCAGCAGCAGUAGUAGAAGGAAAUCUUCCAGUGAGGGUAUUUCACCCCAGUGGACAAAGGCUAGUCUUAAUCUUGUAGAAUGGGAUUUUUUAUCUUAUUUUUCUUCUUCGGAGUGUAAUUAUUGAGUCUUAUUCUUUCUCUCUUCUUUAGUAGUUGUUUAUAAGUUUUACAUUGGUUUAGUUUCUUCCCAAUAUUUUUGAGUUUUGUAGUUUGUUCAGAGGAUGCGCUUGUAUGAAAU